AUGCUAAGACAUCCUAACCACCGUACUUCAACAUCACCACCAAGCCGGAAGGCACGCUCAUUUCCAACGGAAAAAGAGCAGCUACGUGUUAGUCCGACUAAAGCCGAGAUCACGAGAACAGUUACAAAAGCCAAAGCGCUCGCUACUGCAGCCGAGGCUGUGUUGCUGCUUCUCAAAGAUCCUACCAUCAAACAUUCAGAUGUUAUUGAUGAAAAGACUUUACGAUCCGCGGCAUCUCUUACCUUUCAAAUGAAGGCAGUGGUAGCCAAGAUCGAAGACUUCGAUUCAUACAUCUACAACCAGUUCCAAAAGCCCGAACUAAAAGAUUCACCGGAUAGAGAAACUCUCUUCCGAGACGUUACGAACCCGCUCCUUGGAAGCGGAGCAGACAGUUCUCAAAAGAAACUUGCUGCUCAAAUUGCUGAAAUGGAGUCAGUUCUAAUGGGCUAUGGACAACCGCUGAGCAGUUUCCAACCAAGCAACCAGCCCCAAGAUCCGCAAGUAAGCGAUCCGCGGGAUGAUAUGGAGAACUACAUCAACGAGCCGCACCUCAGUCAAGAGACUAUUAACUUGGUCAACGAGAGGCCAUGCUCUAUCGAGUCUCCAGCUAGCUCGCGUACGAUAACCUCUUCUCAAAGCCGAGACUUAUCAAUGAUGUUUUCCGACAGUGCGUUCCCAAAUCGCACCAAGGAACUUCAGCAAAGUCUGAUAGCAGAGAACCGCGGGUUGCAAGAGGAAAACGCGAAGCACUUUCGUGCUCAAUACGAAGAAAAUCAGACACGACUUGCUCUUGAAACGAAGGGUCUCCAAUGCAGAGAAUACCUACAAACUGAACUCACGAGAGUACAGGCUACAGAGGACAAGUGGACAUCAGAGCUCAAACAACACGAGCAAAGAGAAGCACAAGAAAGUGCGAGUCAGAGACCCGAUGUUGCUAUUACCACCAUCUCACCGUUCGAGCUUUCAGUCGUUCGACCAAACACUGCUCCAGCAGUAGAGUCUUUCGAGCCAUCCGCGGACAAUAGAGUUGCACCGUCCUUUCGUUCAGCAAAUCAGAUCAAUAAUCUGAAUAUUGAGCCAAAAACAGCUGAAACACCAAACGCUACAAAUCGUCUUGAUAUAAACGAUCUAAUGAAUGCUUUCCUAAGUAUUUCUCAAAAUCAGCGUAUUGGUGCACACAUCCAUGAAAGAGAUGAGUCUGUCAGGUCCAGAGCAACUAGCAGAAGAACCCAGGCCAGAAGGUCAGCCCGUUCUCAGUCGAGCUACGUGCGGAGAUACGAACGCGAGGAAUCUUCCGAAUCGGAAGACGAAUCUAACCAUCCGGUACCAUCUCGUACCGCGACGAUCCGCCGCAACAGAUCUCUCAGCCCAGAGCCAACGCCUCGUAAAAAUGGUCUGAAAAUCGAAACAAGACUAAAAUUUCUGCAAAAUUUCGACGGAACCAAUGACUUAGAUCUUUUCCAAACACUCUUUACCAAUUUUGUCCUAAAUGACGAUGAACUGAGCCCAGAAGAAAAACGCGCUGUGCUGAUGAACCACAUCACUGGUCCAGCUACAAUUUGUGUCUCGCACGCCAAAGACUCUAAGACUGCCAUUGCGGUAACAUUCAUAUCAUUGAAUAAAGUCUACGGAAAAGCGAAUAGCAAACAUAAUCUGCUCAAAAAGCUCGAAAGUUUACCAUUCCAUCAAACUGAUCCUGAAACAAUGCGUCAAGAUGCGGUCUCCUUAACAAACGUCUUACAACAACUGAAAGACAGAGGACUACCCGCGGAUGAUCACAUGACUAUGUGGGCGAUCGCUUGCAAACUCCCUGAGAAAAUGCAAAAGAGCUUAGCCAAAUACACUGUCAAAAUCGGCGAGGCAUUAACCCACGACCUGAUUCUUGAUAGAAUCAGUCGAGACAUCGAAACGAUGGCAUUGGAACAGACGUAUGUCAGUCAACGCAAUUCCGAAGCAAAUGAGCUAUCGGAAUCAUACGUUACUACAAACUUGUCAAACAUAAACUCGAGCAAGCACAGAACUCCAGCUCAGUUCAAUCAAAAUAAUCAGCGUGAAAGAGAACGCAAACUGGUAUAUGAUCCUGCACAAUUCCCAUUCGAAUACGUCGAUCCGGUCCCGAAAAGUAAACUAGAAGGUUACUAUACUCCUGGAUCGAAGGGCGUGAAUCUCAAAAUCAUCAGUCGCACUUUCCCCCUUUCUGAAAAGGAACCAAGGCCGUGCAACGUGUGCCAAGGAAAUCACAAUGAAAUCCGCUGCACCCUCAAAAGCCACGAAUUCAGAGAGAUGUGCAAAAGGAAAGGACUAUGUCCAAUCUGUGCCAGGAAACAUGAUAUCACAGUAUGCGUUUAUCCAUACCGCUGUGGAUACUGUAAUGGAUUGCACCACUUGGGUGGUUGCCCACAGAAAGAGUUCUACAGAGACAAAAGGAACUAUGUAAUUUUUUAA